GGGAGUCGGAGGGGAUGGCGUGCGGUCGGCUGUGUAGUUCUGUAGUGAUGGGGAGGAGGAGGAGGAGGUAUCAGUUCCGGACUGCGAGCACCGUGCACAACAGGAGGAGAGACAGGACUGGAAGGUUUCGGGAUGCAGCCUCCGCCGAGAAAAGUAAAAGCCACCCAAGAGGUUAAGGUGCGUUUUGGAGAGCAGCUGUCCAGCCUCCAAAAUAAGCAGCUUCAAGAUACUGAGCUUCUGGAAGAUAUCAGGUCAUUCUGCAAACAGAGAGCAGCGGUUGAAAAAGAGUAUGGGCAGGCACUGCAGAGACUGGCUAGUCAAUACCUUAAAAGAGACUGGCAUCGUGGGAAAAAUGAGACCAGUGAAUGCAGGAGUGUGUAUUCAGUGUGGAGGUCCGUAGUAGAAGGCACUGCUUCCAUUGGACAAACCAGAGUAACUUCCGCUGAAAACUAUAGGAACUUGACCUCCGAAGCUGCAAAAACAGCCAGAUCAGCAAAGGAACUUUUACUAAAAAAGAGCAUUGAACAACUACUAAAAGUACAGAACGAGCUGCUGGAGACUAUGAAAGAAGUAAACAAGACCAAGAAACGUUAUGUCCAGCUGGAACGGGUUAGCGAGGUUGCCAAGGAAAAGGCAAUGGACACGGAGGCAAGGUUAAAGAAAAGUGAACAUAGUAUCUUCCACUCAAAGGCAAGCCUACAGAAGCUAAGUGCCAAGUUUUCUACACAGUUGGUUGAGUAUAAUCAGCAGUUUUCAGAGGCACGGAAUGAAUACCUACUGGCACUAGCAGCAGCAAAUGCCCACCUCAACCAUUACUACCAAACACACCUUCCUGAUAUCAUGACGUGUUUAGAUGGCGAUAUUUAUGAUAGGCUUCGUGAUUACCUGACGCUGAUCAGUAACACAGAGCUGAAUACCUGCAAGUUCACACAAGAGCGAUUCAAAGACAUAUUAGUGGCUUCCCAGCAGGUAUCUCGGCAGCAAAAUCUUCAGCUUUUCUUGAAAGACACCAACCUUUUCUCCCCCACUUUAAUACAAAAAUUCCAGCCUGCAGGAUCAGAUAAGGUGUCCACUCUGGAAUCCCUCACCAAAGGCCCAAAUGUGGAGAGUGUGCUGGAUAAGGAGGCACGAAGAUGGACAAGCAGAGCUGCGCGAGAUUAUAAACUGAAAACCCACGGGGAGCGGGUCCUGCAAAGGUUGGAAGCUAAAAGGGCAACUGCCUCUGAAGAAGAAUUUUCCAGUAUGGAAUUAAAGACGGAGGAAGUAAAGGAAAGUGUGAGGAAAGCCGAGGUCAGUAAGGUGAAGGCCGAUGCCAGGGUGGAGCUCUUGCGUCAGAUUGGUGUAGAUGUAGACACGUGGCUCUCGGGUGCCAUGAUGCAGGCGAAUGAAGAACUUGAGCAGGAAAGACGGCUGAGUGAAGCCAGGAUGUCCAAUGGAGAAUUGUCACCAACAAUGGAUGAAUUUGAUUUCACAGACUUUGAAGACUGUGAUGACAACGGUGAUAUAUUUGAAGAAUCCAGCCUGAACUUAAGUGGCUCGCGUCCGUAUCCCUUUCCUUGUCAAGUCUUGUACAGUUACCAGUCUUCACAGUCCGACGAGCUUUCCAUCACUCAAGGAGAACAACUGGAGGUCAUUGAAGAUGGUGAUGUAGAAGAAUGGGUUAAGGCUCGGAACAAGAGUGGGCAAGUUGGAUAUGUGCCAGAGAAGUAUAUUACUAUAAUAAAUCAUUCUGCUGUGAACCAGAAACUUGCUAAUUGGACAGAUACAAGUCACAAGAGCGGCACCAAUAAAGAGCUUACUGGGAUACUGGAAAUGGACUGGACUCAAACAGGAGUAUGCCUUGCAAGGGCGCUUUAUGAGUAUGAAGGCCAAAGUGAAGAAGAGCUCACGUUUCCAGAAGGAGCCAUCAUCCAGAUUAUUCGGAAGGAAGAGGGAGGUGUAGAUGACGGGUUUUGGAAGGGAGAAUUUAAUGGACGAGUGGGAGUCUUUCCAUCACUGGUAGUUGAAGAGUUAUCGGGGGAAACUCCAGAGACCAACGAAGAAUUGCCAUCCCCAGCUCCGCCGCCAUUCUUACCACCCACCCUCGCACCUUUCUCCGGCCAAACAACUCCGCUCCCUGGAGCAGCAGCCGACUCAUCUACAGAUCCCAGACAAAAUGGUUCCCAGAGCUCUCAGGGGUCACCAGACUUUGCAGCAACAAGAUUAAGACCCAUGCGGGCAGCUCCUCCCCCACCAACAAAGCCAACCGAAACCGGAGGAUUAGAAAGUUCACCUUGAACAACUUUUUGCCGUUGUAGUGAUGCCAGAAGCAUUUUGGCAUGAAAUAAAAUAAAUAUCCGUAAUCCGUUGGGUCUAGACGCACAGCAUUAUGGGAAAUAUGUAUGAGAUGUGUGAGCAUAAGAUGGAGUGCAACCGCACAAUAAGCAGGAACCUCACAACUACUGCCGGGACUGAAGUACUAGGGCAGGAACCAAUAAGACUUGAGGGAAAUGCUUCUUUUUGCACUAUUGAGAACCUAUCCAUGAAUGUUUUUUGUUCUCUUGUUUAGCUUUAAUGUAAGAUAUAUUUUACUGCCUAAAAUAUGAAAAGUAUUUACCAAAGUAAGUUGGUCGGAACAAAGUGUUUUGGCUUGAUAUUUGCACCAGUUCUCUAGUAAAACUUGUUUAUUUUCA